AUGAGAAUCCACGCAUGUGCAGAACCAUACAUUAUUGCCACCCAUAGGCAGUUAAGCUGUAUGCACCCAAUUUACAAGCUGCUCCACCCUCAUAUGCGCUACACAUUGCAAGUAAAUGCUUUUUCUAGGAAAACUUUUAUAAGUGCAGAUGGAAUUGUUGAGGCACUCGACAGUGCAGGGAAGUAUGGGGUAGAGUUAAGCUCUACUGCCUACAAGAACCUAUGGCAGUUUGAUAUGGAAGCAUUGCCUGCUGAUUUGGUUAGAAGGGGCAUGGCUGUGGAAGAUCCAACAGCGGCAUGUGGAGUGAAACUUGUAAUUGAGGACUAUCCUUAUGCAGCUGAUGGCCUUCUCAUAUGGUCUGCAAUAAAAGAACUUGUGGAGUCUUAUGUUGAGCAUUAUUAUUCUGAGCCUGAAUCUGUCAUGUUACAUGUUGAGCUCCAAGGUUGGUGGAAUGAGAUCAAGAACAAGGCGCACCCCGAUAAGAAAGAUGAACCUUGGUGGCCAAACCUUGCUUCUAAAGAGGACUUAUCAAACAUACUUGCUUCAAUGAUUUGGGUUGUUUCUGGUCACCAUGCAGCUAUAAACUUUGGACAGUAUCCAUUGGCAGGCUACGUGCUGCAUCGCCCCACCUUAAUGUGGAAACUCAUUCCUCAAGUAGAAGAGCUUGAGUAUAAACAGUUACUUCUUGACCCUGAGCAAAUGUUUUUAUCUUCUUUGCCUACUCAAUUUCAGACAACCAAGUUUUUAGCCGUUCAAGAUGCUGUAUCGACACAUUCUCUAGACGAGGAAUACUUGCCUCAGCUGCAACAACUUCAUCGCUUCUUAAACAAUGAUCAACAAGUAAUAAAAAUAUAUGAACUAUUUUCUGCAAGACUAGUGGAGAUUGAGCAGACUAUAAAAGAAAGAAAUGAGGAUGCAAGUCUUAGAAACAGAUGUGGUGCUGGUAUUGCACCCUAUGAACUGCUUAGACCCUCAUCAUCAGGUCCUGGUGUAACUGGUAGGGGUGUGCCUAACAGCAUCAGUAACUAA